AUGAUGAAGAUUCCCAAAAACCUGCCUCUAGGGCAGAUCCUGAUCUUGUCACUCUCUAGAUUUGCACAUCCAUUUGCGUACUCAGCGUCUCUACCUUAUAUCCCAAUGCUCAUGAGAUAUGUCGGUGUUCCUCCAGAGACGCUAGGCUUUUGGGUUGGUGCUGCUAUUUCCUGUUUUUCCAUCUGUCAAGUAGGAACUGCUAUAUUAUGGGGCCAUAUCUCCGAUCAUAUUGGUCGAAAGCCCGUAAUCAUGAUGUGUAGCAUGAUGAUUAUGGUUGGUGUCCUCAUGUUCGGGUUCUCAACACAGUUAUGGAUGGUCCUGUUAAGUAGGGCAAUCAUGGGGUUUAGUAGUGGAGAUUCUGGGGUUAUCAAAACGAGUCUAGGAGAGACGAUCAAAGACAAAAAACUCCAAACAGUCGCCUUUUCCAUUCUUCCACUUGGACUUAAUUCUGGGUGGGCAGUAGGUCCAAUUCUUGGUGGUCUCGCAGCAAACCCAUAUCAUGUUGAGCCUGGUAAGCCACAUGGUGAUAGGUUCUUGGAGAGAUACCCAUAUGCUCUUCCCAACCUCAUUGCCACGGGGUUCUUUUUCGUUAGUUUGUUUAUCGUAUUUUUCGGAUUCAGAGAAUCACUAGAAAGUAAAAGGGGGCAGUCGGAUUAUGGGAUUAUGUUAAGAGAAAGAUUUGUUGCAGUAACUAGUAGGUUCUACAAUAAAGUAAAGGGCAAAAGUGAUGAAGACGAAGAUAAGGAAGAAGACGAUUUGGAGACCGCUCCUCUUCUAUCAGACGAGAACUCUUUACCACCAGCUAUUCUCAAUGUCGCGGAAGUCAUCCCUCCAGUACCUGAAAAUCCACCAUCAGCGACAUGGAAGCAAGUCUUGGAUCGACAAACUGUCAUGUGCAUUCUUUCGUAUGGCUUCUUAUCCAUGCACUCAUCAUCAUAUGAUUCGCUCAUAUCCGUGUUCAUGCACUACGCAAAACAAGAUCCAUCCUCACCUCAAAUACAUCUUCCCUUCAAAUUCAAUGGUGGAUUUGGUUCCAAUACCACAGAAAUCGGUCUCAUGUUCACCAUCUUCGGAUUUUUCUGCAUGUUCAUUCCCCUAUUACUUGUCGGUAUCCUCAACCGAUAUUUUCCCGUCCUGCGCGUCUUCCAUUACUCGUGCAGCAUUGCGAUUCUACCCAUCUAUCUCGCUACUCCUUUCACAACCCUUCUCCCCAAGCCCGCAAACUUCAUCGUGCUUAGUAUUCUCUUUGCUCUGAAGGGAUGUAUAUGUGAUUUUGGAUUUAUCUCUGGUAGCAUACUUGUUGCGAGAUCAUGCAAGAUUGAUAACGGAAGGGGGAGAAUCAAUGGUUUACAGAGCAUGGUUAGCGCGAUGGCAAGAAUUGUAGGACCGCUUUGGGCGGGAAGUAUGUUGGACUUAGGAGCGAGAAUAGGAUAUAUAGGGAUGGGGUUUUGGGCAGGUCCGGCAUUGGCUGUAUUGCUGGCUUUGUUGCCUCUUUCGUUGAUGACGGAUGAUUGA